AUGGACGGUGGACACAGCCUCAGGAUGGACGUUACUGUACGAGAGCUCAUGGAGCUCUUUCUGCAGAGCACGCUGGUGGCGGGGGUGACCCGCCACCAGGAGACCCUGUUUAACUUGCAGAGGUUGGAGGUCCCAGACAUGGCCCUGGAGGAGCUGGAGUUUCUCUCCAGCAACAUGACCUGUCGCCUCAGGAGGCUCUUAAUUGAGCAAGACAGUUACAGGGAGCUGGUCGUGACCAUGACCCAGGAGUGGAACACCAGCAGCCGCCCCAGCGAGGACACGCAGCCCCUGGCCGUGGAGCUGGCGGACACCAAGGCCACGCUACGCGGAGUCAGGCAGGAGCUGGAGGAGAAGACGAAGCAGCUGGCGGACGCCAGGCAUCAGUUGUACCAGCUGGUGCUGGUGCUGCAGGAGGCCCGGCGCAAUAACAUGGAGUUGGCAGCCAGCGCCCAGGCUGCUCCUGCCCUCCCUGAGGUGGACUCCCUGAGGGAGAAGGUGAGGCAUGUGGAGAGGCUGUAGAUGGAGGCGAUGGGCCUCAGGCAGAAGGAGAAAGACAUAGACUUCUAUUGUCUGGCCUUGCUCACCACAUCUCCGUAUGGAGACUUGGGCACCAUGACUCAGGUGCCGACUGGAGACGAAUAUUUUUCCAUGGACACCGAGGGCCAUCUCCAGGACCAUUGGAUUUGGUAUUGGAUUGAUAAGCUAUUCGAGCGGGAGGAGGAGAAUGUGCAGCUGAAAUCGAGGCUGCACCACCUACAAUUGGCCCGGGACACAGACCAGAAAUGCCUUGAGGAGCUGCGGGAAGAGAUCAUGGCCCUCAAGACUGCACAAGGGCAGAGUGUGGAGGAGUCCGCCCACCUGCACUGGGAGCUGGAGCAGCUGUCCUCCAGCUGCUUCCUGAAGCUGGACAAAGAGAAGCAGAGCCUCCAGGACACCAUCCAGGGGCUGCGCGACGCCUCCCUGGCCCUGCAGGAGAGCAGCCUCCAGCGCCGGGAGCUGGAGAAGGAGAACCAGCAGCUCAGAAAGCAGAUUGAAGACUGGCAAGUCCAGAUGGAAAGAGAAAAGCAGACCAGCCGGGAUCUGGCGACUCUCUGUGAGGAGCUGGUGGAGGAGAGAGAACAGCUGCUCCGUGACAUCGAGACCCUGAAGGCUGAGGAAGCCCAGGAGUUCAAGGAUCUUAAACAACUGGUGCGUUCACUGCGGGAUAGUUCACAGACCAGCAGCAAGGCCCGCAUGAAGGGCCAGAAGACUGAGAAAAAAGUGCUCCUCCAGACGGUGACGGACACCAAAAGGAAAGUGACCAUGAUGGAGUGGGAGCGGCGGCAGCUGUGCCGGGACCUGGAGCAGGUGAAGGAGCACGUGGUGCGGACACAGAAGCUGGAGCAGGAGCUGCAUCGCCUGCAGGAGGAGAUCGAGAAGCUGGCCAUGGAGGUCAGCGCCCUGACGACAGCCCCCGAGAGGGUCCACGCCCUCGAGCGGGAGAGCCCGGACCUGUUGCUGGAGAACCAGAGGCUGCAGACGUCUCUGGACACCCUGCAGCCCGAGGGCCUGGAGCAGGACAAGCAGCUGGACACCAGGGUGGAAAAUUCCACUCUGAGCUCCCAGAGCGCCUCGCUCACUGCGCUCACAGAGCAGAACACGCAGCUCCAGCACCAGCAGCUGGCGGCAGCCCACAAGGCCCUGCAGCAGGAACACGCGUGCCUGGGCGCGCUCCACGAGCACCUGACUAGGGAGCACGAGGCCCUUCUGGACAAGUACUGCCGCCAGAAGACACUGCUGAGUCAGACCCUGAAGCUGGAGAGCAAGGCUCUCAGUGACAGAUACAAGGACCAGCUCCAACAUAAGGCGGCGCUGGAGCAGCUGGGGACGCUCUUGACCACCGAGCGGGAGGCUCUGCAGCAGGAGCAGAGGACGAGCACCAUGGCCGCCGAGGAGAACCAGAGGCUGCAGCGAGAGCUGGACAGGGCCAAUUCCCUGCACCAGCAGCUGAAAGGGGAGCAGGAGGAGCUGCAGACCCACACUAAGAAGCUGCAGACCUCCCUGAACAACACCCAGCUGCAGGCCCAGUGUGAGGGGCUGAAGGCGGAGCUAGAGGAGCUGUACGCUCUCAACAAGGAGCUGCAGGCCUACGCCAAUGAGCUGCUCACAGAAUACAAGGAGCUGCUCACAGACAACAAGGAGCUGCAACUGUCCCUGAAUGACACGCAGCAGGAAGUGAACAGCUGGCAGGGCCGGUAUGAGGAGCUGAAGGGGGAGCAGGACGAGCUGCUCACAGACAACAAGAAGCUGCGAACCUCCCUGAACGACACGCAGCUGCAGGUGAACUGCUGGCAGAACCAGUGCAACUGGCUGAGGGAGGAGCUUCAGAGCACGGACAUCUCGCUGACCGAGCUGGACAACCGCUGCCAGCUGGUCUCCCGCCUCAAGGGCAACUUGGAGGGAGAAAAACAUGACCUGCAGAGCCAAAUCCAAAGGCUGAAAGAGCAGAACCAGAGGCUUCUCCAGGAGGACGUGGAGGACAAGGACCAGCACCAGGAGGAGCAGCAGCUGUACGUAGACAAAUUCAAUGGCUUACAGAGACAAAAUGAAAAACUGGAAGAAAAAAGCAUGGCUCAGCACAAGUUCCAUGAUCCAGCGCCAAAGAAGAAAAAGCACUGGAUUGGAGCCAAAGUCUUAGUCAAACUCAUCAAACUAAAGAAAGGGGGAUCCAGAGAACGACCAAAGUCAACCCCACAGAGGCCUCCCUGGCCGCUGGGGUCCUCAGACCAGGCCUCGCCCAGUACUUCUCAGCCUCUUCAAUCACAGCUGGAACCCCUCGAGGCCACCCCAUGCUGCUCAAAGGUGACAGAAGAGCAAGACACCUGCAGGGGGCCCAGGGGAAAAGGCCCUGGGGACCCAAUACCAAAGGGAGUGGCCCCACACAGAGGCAGCCUUGACCGCACUCGAGUAGAUGCCUCCGCUGACCCAGCCACCAAGCCCCGGCCAUCAGAGCUGGGCUCCGAGGCCUGUUCAUCCUCAGCCAUCACUACAGCUCCUUCCACCUCCACCUCCACCUCCACCUCCCGGCACCCAGGCCGCACCCACGGGCACAAUUCAGAUGACAGCCCCUGUGAGCGGUCCCUGGAGCUCCAGUUCCCCACCACAGGCAGCACGGGGAGUGGGCUUUGCAUGGUGCCCUUCAGCCUGUGUUCUCAGACCUGUUUCCAUCAGCAGUGCUUUUCCUUCAAGCUAAGGCCUGUGUGCAAGUCCCACACACAAAGGAGGUGA